GGCUACAAAGUGUGCCGAUUGGGAGACGCAAAGUAAAUGUAUUGUUAAACAAGGAGUUAAUCACUUUAGUGGCACAUGUGGGUGUAAAGAAGUGUGCUAUCCCCUGGGGCAAAGUCCCCCCCAGUUGCAUUUACAUGUCAGUUAUGCAAAAUUGUAGUUGUUGAAUGAAAGCUUCCCCUCCCCAGUGCAUGCUAGUGUUUGGCUGGUUGGCUGCUGGCAGCCUGUUAUAUUCAGAAACUGGUUCAGUCAGGGCCACUGCACAUGUGUGGAUCUCCUAAAGAAGAGAAGGAUUGCCGUUUUUAGGCACAUCAAGUGGAUGCUUAACAGUAAGAGGGUCUCGUUUUCAGGCUUGCUUGAUAUUCUUGCUUGAAGUGUUCGGGUUUCUGGAUUUAGAGAGGAGCGUUACAGGGCUGUCUGGCCCAGGGUCUUGUACAGUAAGUUCACUAGUGGAAGCCGUGUUGAUGACUCACAGUGGCUAUGAAUGCACUACAUGUAGUUCCCGCUAAGGCAAAACCAGCUUCCUCUUUACUUUCGCACUUCCUAGAGCCAAGAAAACAUGGGAAGUGUCAGUAGCCUGAUAUCAGGACACAGUUUUCACAGCAAGCACUGCCGGGCCUCUGAAUACAAAGUGAAGAAGACAAGCAAGAAAUCAAGCCGUGGUGCCGACGGCCUUCUGAGGUAUGGUUUCUCCCAGGACUCCACCAACAACACCACCAAAGCCAUCUCCAAACUGGGAAAAAGUGAGGACUUCUUUUAUAUCAAAUUGAGCCAUAAAACUAGAGUGCCUCACAAAAGCGAAGGUGCAAAACCGUCCGUCGGAGAGGAGGUGAAGAAAACACAAGCUGGAAUGGAAGCUGUUUGCUCCACACCGCCAAAACUGGUGCCGUUCUCCGGAAAACUCGAAAAGGGAACAGAAAAGGGUUUGAUACGGCCUACUGCAUUUAAACUAGUCAUUCCUCGGAAUAGCAAUUCCACUGUUCACAACUCAAUGGAAAGCCAUAAUAACUUGAAACAGGUCCAAAACAACAAACAACUCAGCCCUUCUGAGAAACUAAAGGACCAGGAUCAGAAGCAGGCCAACCACUCUGGGACCUUGUCAGACUCUGGUAGGAACUCCAUGUCUAGUAUCCCAACACACAGCACAACUGGCAGCUGCCAAACGGACAACCUCAGCACUUCCGCUGGCCUCCCCAACAGGUUUGGAGGGUCUGCCCAAAACAUGAACCAGACUAGCAGCGCAGGCGUACCAAAUGACAGCAACAUUGUCAGCCUCAAGGUAAUGUCCUUAUCCGACAGUGGACAAUCUUCUCCUGGUCAGAGUGGACCUUCUUCAGGGCAGGUGGACCAUUGUUCCGAAAACGUCACUUGCGUCCGGUCACCCAUCUCCACCGAUGAGGCCCUCAUCCUGAAGCUGGAGCAGAAACUGCUUGAGAAGGAUAGUGAGCUCCAGGACCUGCAGGUCAGCUUGGAGGAGAAAGAAACAGACACCUGUCAGCUCUUUGAGGAGAAACAGAAGUACUGUAAGGAAGAGAUGGAAGGGCUGAAGCAGAGGUGCUCAUCCAAGUUACGGCAGGUCUCCCAGAAGGCUGUGCGAGCUCAGCAGGUCAUGCAGCUCCAGGUCUUCCAGCUCCAGCAGGAGAAGAAGAAGCUCCAAGAUGAUUUGAACCAGCUGGCCCAGGAACGAGACCUGCUAGAGGUCAAGCUCAAGUCCUAUGAAAAGGGGCAGACCCAAAUGGCGCCAACACUGGAGGAAACACAGUGGGAAGUGUGCCAGAAAUCUGGAGAGAUCUCUCUACUGAAGCAGCAGCUGAAGGAAUCCCAAGGAGACGUGAGCCACAAGCUGAACGAAAUUGUCAGCCUCAAAGCCCUCCUGAAAGAAACUAAAGCUAAAAUAGAGCCCAUGGAGCAGAAGGUCAGGGAGAUGGAGGAGUCUGUCCACACGAGGACCAUGGAGGUGGAGGUAUGUGAGAAUGAGCUUCAGCGCAAGAAGAACGAGGCUGACCUCUUGAGGGAAAAGGUGGGCCAACUGGAGACAGACAUCCGGAACCUGAAGCAGGAUCUUGCCUUGGUCAAGGAGGAGUUAAACAAGCAGGAAGCCAGUGGUCGGCAAGCAACAGGACAAGCCAAAUGUCUUUCAACUGCAGUGCAUGAGAUGGAAACCCUGCAAAAGGAGGUGGAAAGGUUGAAAGCGGAGUUAAAGGAAGAGAGGCAGAAGAAGGAGAAGAUGGUGAGCAGUUUUCAGCAUGAGAGGCUGAUCUGGAACCGGGAGAAGGAGAAGGUGAUCAAGUAUCAGAAGCAGCUUCAGCACAACUACCUACAGGUGCACAAGAAGAACCAAGAUUUGGAAAAGAUCCUGAAGGAGCUAACUGUGGAGCUGGAGAGUCGCACAGAGUUGGACAUUAACGUGCAAAGUGCAGACAUUCAGUACGACAAAAUUAUAGCCACGGAAAUAUAAAUUGUGUGACUACAUUUUCUGAAGCACAUUGCUUAAGGUCUAUCACAAGGGUUAACCCACAUCCAGUUACACUUUCAUGGACAUCAGGUUCUGUGCUUCAACUUUAAGUUGCUGAAUGGAUUUUCAUUCCAUAUAAACCACACUGCUUGAGGUCCCAUUGUUUUAGUGGAUAGUGUGUUAUUAAUUCAAUGGUCUUUAAUCCUGUCCCAUUUGGAAAAGUUAUGAAUCUUUCCCAAAUGACUUCUUAAACCCAUAUACAUUUCUGAAAAGUACAAUGUUUCAUAUGCUAAUAUGAGCUUGCUUUGAGCAGCCCUCUCCUUUGUAUUUGUCCUGGUAGUAUUUUCAGAGGAAAUCUAUGUCUCUGUGUCAUUUAUCUGUCCAAUAUUUCAGUAAAGCAGGUUGACACAGUUAGUGGUAAGUGGAGUUCUUCCUGGAAAGACUGCAGUAACACAGGGGUCUCUAAUGCAUAUUAACCAGCAUGGUGCAGGCUGCUUUAUUGUAGUUAUCCACAUGCCAGUAGGAAAGACCUACCCAAGUAUUUCUACAAAUGAUGCAGCCUCAUUCCAAGCACGUCGGUUUUCUAUGUAUUAUGUCUACCUACACUUCCACAUUCCAUCUGUACAAAUAUACCUCCUUUGAAUCGCCAACUAUAUAAGCCCAACCUCAAAUCCAACCCAGACAUCUCCACUAUAUUUAUGGGAAAUAUUUACCCAGGUGCUUCCACAUUCCUAUGAGAAUUGCAUACACAGUAAGAACACUUGCUGGUUUUAUAGAACUAAUCUUAACCAUCACCCCCCAAAUCUAGGCAUACAAUUCUCUAUUCUGUUAAAAAGAUCUUCCCCCAACCAAAGCCUUAGCCCUGAUUCUAAACCAACUACCAAGCCCAUUCCUUACCCUAGCUCAUAUCAUAAAAUGGAAGAUCAGCGCGAUACUUGAAACAUUGUUCAAGCACCUUAGGCUUAUGGAAAGUAAACAGGGUCAUGCCACUGAAACAGCAACAAAGAACAACUACCGUGGAAACAACAUCACUUUAGCACUGCAUGAUACUGAAGAACCAGUACCGCAGAAUUUGGCAGUUUCCGGAGGUAGUCAGCAGAAGUCAUUGAGCAGGUUGAUUCGUAGCCUGUUAAUACUCUGGAAAUCUGACAGUGUUAAAAAAAAAAAAAAAGAGAACGGUGAUAAGAAUGAAGGAGUAGAGAUACUGAUCCUCUUUAGGGAGUGACUCCACUUGAUGUAAAGAACACCUCAAAAAAGUGUUUGCUAAUGAGAUUCCAUUCAUAACUGUCUAUUUUCAAUGACAACAAGACAGGAUAAAGGAGCUCCUUAAAUGCCGACAGCUGGCUGCGCCCCAUUUGUUAUCCAGGUGCUAAAAAUCACAGUGGCUUUGUUGAGUUGAAUUAACUACCUUUGGUGCUGUUGUUUUGGUAAUGAGCCAUGUAGGUCUUUGACAGCAGCCAUUUAAAAAAAUACUGCUGAAUUUAUCUUCUGGGGGUUUAUGUUACUAUUUGUGUUAAUUUGUCUGGUGUUUCACUGAGUAUGUAAUGAACAGAAAGAUUUUCAAGGCUCAAAAGAGUGAUAAAGAAACAAGUGGUAUUUUUGUAUAAGAGGUUUGUAACACAGAGAAAAUAGCACCAUGUAGGAAGUAAAAGAGUUUUGGUGUUUUUAUAACCUCUUUUGUCUAUCACCUCUAGAGCACUGUGUUCAAACUAGUGGACACUUGGCCGUUUCUGCUUGAGAGAGGCCCAGGACUGCAUAGGGUGUUUAAGUUAGGACAGUCUCAGAGCUUUUAGAGAACAUCUACAGGCAUCUACCUGCUAUGUGCUUGACUGUAGACAAUCCAAAAUGAGACUUUCAACAAUUCUAAUCUAGUUACAAACCCAUGAGCUAUACACUCCUGUCAAAUGUACAACCGUUUAUGCAGAGCAAUGCAAACUUGUGAGAUGUUAAACCUGAAGUCAUACACAUCAACUGGUCAUUCGAUAGAUAACGAAGAAAAAUCCAUUCCAUAUUGAAUUAAAAAAAAAAUGCAAUAGUAAAAAAUACCUAAAAGAAGAGAUUUUCCAUAAUAUUUUCAGGUCGAAAUUAUAAGUCCUAUGUAUUUCAUAAACUGAUUUCAUGCCAGUUUCUUUCACAUGCAAAAUGGCUAAAUCUGUUUAAGUAAUUAGAGUUACACAAAGCACCAGGAAAUACAACAGAUAAAUCAUUACUUUUAACAUUGUUUCAGAAGGAAUGGGGUUUGCAUAUGGUCAUGAGGUGAAUACUCAUUUCUAAGAGGCUGUCUCUCACUUACUCAAUCAAAUCCUUUAUCUAACCAGGUAGAACCAGCUCAGAUUCUUAUUCGUGGUGGUGUGAAACAAGGCAGGUGGAAUGAAGACUUGCCUUGGUCAAGGAGGAGUUAAACAAGCAGUGGUAAAAUCUGUCCUUCAGAUAAGUACCCCACCCUUUUAAUGUCCAUGGAGCAGGCAUAAUGACUUGGAUUUAGAAUUUUGCUCAGGGAUCCUCAAACCCUACAGCACAGCACCCCAGGCUUUGCAUUGACUUUGUUUAGUUGUCCCCAUUCCAAGUACGAUACAGGCUCCACCUAGCUAAAAUGGAACGGCUGCAGGACACUCAGCAUGAUGUUGCUUUAGCAUGUACUUCAGGUGUUGUUUUAGAUACCCUUGUUUAUUGGGUGUAAAAUGAAAGGUGGCUUGGUGCCUGACAUGUGAACAUCUGCUCUUUUUGUUUUAUUAUCUUUUAAAGAAAUAACAGUUUACCUUUUACUUAGCUCAUUCCAGACAGUGUUCUGCAGCGGAAUGUGUUACAAUGUUCGCUGAAUAUGCCAAAUUGUUUUUUCAAGGUUAUGUUUUUUUAUAUUAUUGUACCCAAGCCACUUUGGUUGGCUCAGAGCACAGUGGCGAUGUAAAUAGAUUGCUUAUGCUUAUCUACUUCUACUCUGCAUGCUUGAUGUGUCACCAGCUGUCGAGCGGGACAACUGCCUAUUUAAUUGACUUCUCUCCUACACAUUUGUAAAAAGACUGAAACUCUGCAUUAUAAACAUCUGCUUUGCUAGGGGCUGGUGACACGAAAGGAAAAUAUUGGAAAUGCUCUGUUAUUUAUGUAUUGUAUAUUUUGUAUUUAUUUAAAAAAUAAAGUUGAAUCUCAUUG